UGUAUAUCUUUUAAUGAUGUCAUUUACAACCCUCGAAAAAUAAAGGGCAUAAGAAUGCACUUGCAGAAGCUCGGUUACCGGGUGGAUUUAAUAGAAGAGUCGUGGAGGGACUACUGCAUUAUGGAAUUGUGUGGACAGGAGGUGUUCCGGUGCAACGUACGUCAUCUAAAGUUUAACACUUGCGUGGAGCGCGACCCAGUGGCCCAGUGCGCCGUCAACGCUGUCAUUGCAGGCACCUCGGCCUGUUUGCGAGCGCGCAAUAACCUCUGGCUGAAAACAGUACUCAAAGAUGAGAUAUUCCAACGUAACGAAUACUCGCCCAAAAAUUACUGGCCAUUUCCCGUUAAUCUAACGCCCUUGGUUUACGAAUGUCCCACCUGCUGUGGCAGCUUGUCUAUUAAGUACCAUAAAAAAAAGAAAUUAAUACCGUCUAAGCCACAGGAAGAUUAUAUCAAACCUCAUGACCCGGCACCAGAAAAUAAGAAAUAAAUUAUU